AUGACCCAAACGCAGCACGCUGUUAUCUCACAGCCACGCCCCCUGUGUCGCUCCUGUCCAAUCACGACGCGGCCCUGCUCCCCCCGGUCCCCGCCCCGCCCCCCCAUAGCGGGGAGCUCAGCCAGGGCCGAUGCGUACUGGCUCUGCCCUUCGGGGAACGGAGCGACCUGCUGCCGCUAUGAGAGAGAAGAGAGCGCCUGGAUAAAACGUCACAAAGGCAUGAUGUUUACCCUGACGGAGAUAGCCUCGCUGAACGACAUCCAACCCACGUACCGCAUCCUGAAGCCAUGGUGGGACGUGUUCAUGGACUACCUGGGACUGGUCAUGCUGAUGCUGGCCAUCUUUGCCAUGACCAUGCAGAUCACCAACGACAAGGUGGCUUGCCUGCCUUACCUGGAGGACUCCGAGAGCUUCCCUCAGCGCACCCCCCAAACACUCUCCACUCCCCAGGGAACCUCCCCCUCCACCACUGCGCCCCUCGUCACCCCUGCCUCCAUGGAGACCAAAGACUUACCAGAUUCGGUCGUUCACGAACUCCACAAUACCUACGUAGAACCUCGCCAAAACGUCGCCCAACCUCAACCCACUGGCAAGAAAACCAACCUAGACUUUCAGCAGUACAUUUUUAUCAACCAGAUUUGUUACCACGUAGCCUUGCCAUGGUAUUCCAAGUAUUUCCCAUAUCUGACUCUCAUCCAUACAAUUGUACUCAUGGUCAGCAGCAACUUUUGGUUCAAGUACCCCAAAACUAGCUCAAAGAUCGAACACUUUGUCUCCAUCCUCGGGCGUUGCUUCGAAUCCCCGUGGACGACAAAAGCGUUGUCCGAAACUGCUUGCGAGGACUCUGAGGAAAACAAGCAGAGGCUAACCCAUGCGGCAUCCGGUCCGAAGCAAGUAUCGCAGGAAGAGAAAGAGGACGGUGCGAAUCCAAGUCCCUCCACGCCAAUGCUGGGGGUGAAAGUGUCAGCAGACAAACCCAUCACAGAGGUCCCCAGCACAAUGACAAUCCUGGACAAGAAAGACGGAGAGCAAGCCAAGGCACUGUUCGAGAAAGUUCGUAAGUUCAGAGCCCACGUGGAGGACAGCGACUUCAUAUACAAGCUGUACGUCGCUCAAACCAUUGUCAAAACGGCCAAGUUCAUUUUGAUAUUGUCCUACACGUCAACGUUUCUGGUUAAAAUCAACUUCAAACAUGAAUGUAAGCCUGAUAUUCAACACCUUACGGGCUACAGUAGAUUUUUCUGCACACACAACCUGGCUUUCAUGCUAAACAAGCUGCUCAUUAGCUAUAUGGCGUUGAUUUUGAUCUACGGGAUGACGUGCCUGUAUUCGCUGUUCUGGGUGUUCCGCAGACCUCUGAAGGAGUACUCAUUUGAAAAAGUACGCGAAGAGAGUAGCUUCAGCGACAUUCCUGACGUCAAGAACGACUUUGCAUUCCUUUUACACAUGGUUGACCAAUACGACCAGCUCUACUCCAAAAGAUUUGGCGUUUUCUUGUCUGAAGUCAGCGAGAACAAGUUGAGAGAGAUCAGCUUGAAUCACGAAUGGACCUUUGAGAAAUUAAGACAACUCGUGACUCGCAAUCCGCAAGACCAGCUGGAGCUGCAUCUUUUCAUGCUUUCAGGUUUACCGAAUGCGGUUUUUGACCUCACAGAUCUGGAGGUUCUCAAACUGGAGCUCAUUCCUGACGCAAGAUUCACUGCUAAAGUGUCACAAAUGACAAGUUUGCUAGAACUGCAUCUGUGCCACUGCCCUGCCAAAGUGGAGCAGACGGGUUUUGCAUUUCUCCGAGACCACUUAAGGUGCCUUCAUGUCAAAUUCACAGACGUUGCCGAGAUACCAGGUUGGGUUUACUUAUUGAGAAGUUUGAGGGAGCUAAAUCUCAUCGGCAACUUGAACUCAGAAAACAACAAAAUGAUUGGAUUGGAAUCUAUGCGAGAUUUAAGACACCUCAAGACGCUCUGUUUAAAAAGCAACCUCACAAAAAUGCCCACUAACAUCACAGAACUCUCACCACAUUUGAUUAAACUGGUCAUCCACAAUGACGGUACCAAGUUAAUGGUUUUGAACAGUCUAAAGAAAAUGACGAGCCUUAUUGAGUUGGAGCUUCACAACUGUGAACUUGAACGGAUCCCUCACGCCAUUUUCAGUUUGAUCAACCUGCAAGAGCUGGAUCUGAAACUAAACAACAUUCGGACUAUUGAAGAGAUCAUUAGUUUUCAGCAUCUUAAGAGGUUAGCUUGUCUGAAACUUUGGCACAACAAAAUCACCAACAUUCCCUCAUCAAUCGCACAAGUCAAGUCUUUGGAAGCUCUCCAUCUGAACCAUAACAAGUUGGAGUCUUUACCCCCUGCAUUGUUCACUCUACCCAAGCUCCGCCACUUGGACCUGGGCCAUAACUCCAUCUCGGUACUUCCCCCGGACAUCGGCCUUCUUCACAACCUCCAAUAUCUUGCCAUUAAUAUGAAUAAGCUUGAAGUGCUCCCCAAGCAGCUGUUCAGAUGCACUAAGCUCAAAGUGUUAUGCUUAGCCCACAACGCGCUGACCACUCUCCCUGAAACCAUGGGGCAGCUUGUGCAACUGACGCAGCUGGAGCUCAGGGGGAACUGCCUGGACAGACUCCCGGCAGCACUGGGCAACUGCAGACUCCUCCGGAAGAGUGCGCUGGUGGUGGAGGACCAUCUGUUUGAGACGCUGCCACAGGAGGUGAAGGAGAGCAUCAGCAGGGAGACUAAUGUGUCUUUUACUAGUGGCUUGUAG